AUGGACACCGAUGAUGGUGAAUCUUCCAGCAGUGGUCCUAUGUCGAGUCUGAACAGCCUUUUCUCCUUUACAAGUCCCGCUGUCAAGAAAUUGCUUGGUUGGAAACAGGGUGACGAAGAAGAGAAAUGGGCAGAGAAAGCUGUGGAUAGCUUGGUGAAGAAGCUAAAAAAGAGAAAAGGUGCUAUAGAGGAGCUUGAAAGAGCACUGUCUUGUCCAGGAACACCGUCCAAGUGUGUAACUAUUCCCCGAUCACUCGAUGGACGGUUACAGGUAUCCCACCGUAAAGGCCUCCCACACGUGAUAUACUGCCGUGUGUGGCGCUGGCCUGAUCUGCAGAGCCAUCAUGAGCUGAAACCUUUAGAAAUUUGUCAGUAUCCAUUCAGCGCUAAACAGAAAGAGGUUUGCAUAAACCCUUACCAUUAUAAGAGGGUUGAGAGUCCUGUCCUUCCCCCAGUAUUGGUUCCGAGGCAUUCUGAAUUUGCACCAGGGCACUCCUUGCUGCCUUUCCAGAGGACUACGGAACCGGCGAUGCCCCACAAUGUGUCUUAUUCAGGGUCCGGUUUUCCGCCAUCAGCCUCUUCAGAGCUACCUGAUACCCCACCGCCAGCGUACUCCCCACCUUCAGACGAUACGGAACCCCCCGGGGAAGUUGCACCAGUUUCUUACCAAGAACCACUUUAUUGGGCAUCGGUAGCUUAUUAUGAACUUAACUGUAGGGUAGGCGAAGUGUUCCAUUGCAAUUCUCAUUCGGUAGUCGUGGAUGGUUUCACUGAUCCCUCGAACAACAGCGACAGAUUUUGCCUUGGUCAACUUAGUAACGUGAAUAGAAACUCCACAAUAGAGAAUACUAGACGUCACAUAGGGAAGGGAGUGCAUUUGUACUAUGUGGGGGGAGAGGUGUACGCCGAGUGCUUGUCUGACGCGGCCAUUUUUGUUCAAAGUCGCAACUGUAACCAUCACCAUGGCUUCCACCCGUCUACUGUAUGCAAGAUACCCCCAGGGUGUUCACUGAAGAUAUUCAACAACAGAGAGUUCGCUCAGUUGCUCUCGCAAAGUGUCAAUCACGGUUUCGAAGCAGUUUAUGAGUUGACUAAAAUGUGUACUAUUCGUAUGUCGUUCGUUAAGGGAUGGGGGGCGGAGUACCAUCGACAGGAUGUGACGUCGACACCUUGUUGGAUUGAAAUACACCUCCACGGUCCACUGCAGUGGCUGGAUAAAGUUCUCACUCAAAUGGGUUCUCCGCAUAAUGCUAUCUCAUCGGUGUCUUAG